AUGCAUGACAUCUUGAAUGACCCUGCAACAUAUAGAAGACUAAAUAACGAUCCUACUCUGAAAACACAAAGAUUAACUAACAACUUAAUAUCUCAGUUGCACAUACAAGGACACAUAAGUGAAUACAAGUCCAAAAAACUGAAAAGGUACAAUAGCAUUCCAGCUAAAAUCUACGCCCUGCCGAAGACACACAAAAAAGGUCCCUUAAGGUUCCGUCCGAUCGUGUCAGCAAUAGGAUCUCCAACAUAUAACAUCUCUAAAUAUAUACAUGACAUCCUUGUACAAGUAGGCAGCACAUUACCCUAUAAUCUGAAGAACAGCUGUGAUGUCAGAGAUCAAAUAACACGAGUCAACAUACCUGACAACUUUAUAUUGAUGUCUCUAGAUGUUGUGAGCCUCUUUCCAUCAAUUUGCAAAGAUCUAAUAAUUGAAAUAAUUAACAUAAAAUGGAGUACAAUAAAAGCGUAUACAACCAUUUCCUCAAAAAGUAUGUUCCGACAACUUAUAAAACAUAUUUUUGAGAAUAGCUUCUUUCAAUAUGAGGGUGAACACUUCCAGCAGCUGGAUGGAUGCAGUAUGGGAAGUCCAAGUAGUCCAAGCCUGGGUAAUCUCAUAAUGGACUACAUAGUGCACAAAGCCUUGGAAAACAAAGAGGACAUCAGAAUUGAAUGGAUCAGAUACUAUGUAGAUGACACAGUCCUUAUAGUUCACAAAGAUGACAUCCAAAAGACAAUGGACUUGUUCAACUCCAUUCAUGCCAAAAUUCAAUUCACAAUGGAGCUGGAAGAAAACAACAGUUUACCUUUUCUAGACCUGUUGCUGAUAAGAGAGGAUAAUAAAGUCGUUACUGACCUAUAUAUGAAACCUACCAGUUCCGGCAGAGUUCUGAAUUUCCAUUCCACUUGCCCGAUGUCUCACAAGGUCUCUAUCAUUACCAGCGCAAAAUACAGAAUCCUUAAACUCAGUGACAAAAAAUUCCACCAUAAUAAUUUUAAUAAAAUCAAGAAAUUACUGAAAAUGAAUAAUUACCCAGAACAGCUCAUUAACAAGAUCUUUUACUCCAGCAAUCAGAUAAAGUACAAAGAUGAUGAUGUCAAAUAUUAUAAAUUUCCUGCAGUGGGCACAGUUGACAAGAAAAUACAAACAGCUUUGAAGGGACAUAAAAUAAAACUAGGCUUAUAUAACCAGAAGAAUAACUACAAUCAAAUAUACACAAAGCUAAAAUCUAAAACAGAUAACAUGCAGGCACAAAUCAGAUGUAGUUUACAAAAUAUCCUGUAA